AGCGUGUGCACAACCGUCAGCAGAUCAAAACUGCGGUUGAAACCGCCAACUGUAUCGCGAAGAAGGAACCGGUAGUCGUUCGCCUCUAUUAUUUUCCUCCGAGCUGGUCUUUAAACUAACGAAACGGGUAGAGGAGAGCAACACGAUGACCAAGCUCGCGGCCGUCUUUGUGGUUGCCUCUUUGCUCAAUUUGGCUUCAGCAGGACACCAUGGUGGACACGAUCACGUGGUGAUCCACGUGCCCUACAAGAUCAAGACCAUCCAUCACACGCACACAAUCACCAAGCACAUCCAUCACGGUGGCGGAGGUGGUGACAAAUACGAGGUGCUAGGGUACACGGUCGGUCACCCCAUAGAUUUGGGAGGUGGCCACGGUGGUGGCGGUUUCGGUGGCGAUUUCGGAGGCGGUGGUGGCCACGACUUGGGAGGUGGCGGCGACUUUGGCGGCGGCGGCGGCGGCCAUAUUGAAUACAGUGGCGGCGGAGGUGGUGGAGGCCACAUCGAAUAUGGCGGCGGCGAUAUUGGCGGAGGGUAUGGGGGCGGUGGAGGAUUCGGCGGAGGCCACGGUGGAUUUGGAGGAGGCCUUGGUGGAGGAGGCCACGAAGACUGGGGUGGCCAUUAACGAGAGUGGCUCGUGCCAAUUUUGGGAGGAGAACGGUAGUUUUCUUUGGAGAAGCUCGAUUGGUUUUCCUACUUUUAUCCGUAUCGUUGUGGAGAAAGAAAAUCUCGAUUCUUUCGUUAAGUUUCUUUUUUCUUUCUUUAGAUUCAAUCGGUAAGAAGCGAUCAGAGGUAUUUGUAUCUUCUCUAAGAUUAGAGAAGAACGUGAUUGAUGAUUAAGAGAAACCUUCCAAUGGUGGCGAUGAUUAUCGAGUAUAUAUAAUUAUGCGGUUAUCCAACUUUCUAUAUUCUUUUCAAGAGAUUUUAAAUUAGAAAAUAGAAGAAAUAAAAGAAAAUUAGAAUAUAUAUAUAAAAGCUUCCAUUUUCGAGAAGCUUUUAUUAGAAAGUACAUCGAAGUUCAAACACGACCAUACGCACUUUCGUAUUCACACGUUUAAAGGAAAACGUUUUAGAUAUAGAUAUUUUAAUCCCUGUUUUCAUUUUUUUUUUCCGCAUUUUGACUGACGUUUUCCAGGGAAAUGCCAAUCGACUUUUUAUCAUUCUGCCACUUACCUCUCGUCCUAGUCUUUCUAUUAUCGUUCGUAACUUGUUAAUGUAAAUAUCGUUACUUUCUUAACAUUGUUAUCCCAUUAUUAUAAUAUUAUAUCGCGGCUCGAAUGAAUCUAAUGUAUAAUUAUGUCGUGAGAAAGAUUGAUUAAAUUGCGUGUGUACCUGAAA